AUGUCACUGAGCAUCAGUAGAUCUAAGGAAGAGGUCAAAACUGUCAACACAACCAGUGCCAAAGAAGAUGGAUCCGAGCUCUCAGCAGUGCCCUUAUGCCCAUACUUUGAGAACCUCGAGCUCAUAAAAGAAAUGAUAAAGACAAAUUAUGGCUUUACUGUUGCACAACUGAAGCGUCUGAAUGGCUAUGAUGAUCUGAACUAUCAUGUUCUAGUAGACUCUGAUCACAACAACCCCUAUAUUGGCGAUGUUUCACCUGUUGGGUACUUUUUGAAAAUCUGCAACUCUAGAGAUUCGCAGAGGCCGGAGUUUAUGGAUGCUCAGAUUGCAGUCAUGGAGCAUCUGCUAAAGAAGGGCAUUCUCUGUCAGUCUCCCAUCAAAGGUGUCAAUGGCGAUGAUAUCACUGAAUGUAUUACAGCAUGCAAAGAAGGUAUCAAUGUAAGAUACUUAGUGUCCCUCCGAACGUACAUCCCAGGAACUAUAAUAGCAGACGUAAGAUUGACACCAAAUCUGUUGUACAAGGUCGGACAUUAUGUAGCUAAAGUCACACAGGCUUUGGAGAAUUUUGAACAUCCAUUUUAUGAAACAUUUCAAUGCCCUUGGAGUAUGGACAACAUCCCUAAGUUAAAAGAAGCUCUUUUUGCCGUGAAAGAUGAUGCGAUGAGACAAAUUGCUGAAGAAGUCAUCGAGGCAUAUAACUCUGAGGUUGAACCGAGCAAAAAAGAUUUUAGAACAGGUCAAAUUCAUGGAGAUAUAAAUGAACAGAAUAUUCUGGUAACAGAGGAGACAGCCUCAACCCCUGAAAUAUGUGGACUGUUGGACUUUCAGGAUGUGGCGAAGAGUUUCCCCAUAUAUGACCUGGCUAUGAGUGUGGCAUAUAUGAUCAUGACGAAGCUGUGUGAGGUACCAGUUCUGGAUGUUCCUGGCCACAUCCUAGCUGGCUACAUGUCUUUACUGGAGCUCACUCCUGCAGAGAAGGCUGCAUUUAAAAACCUGGUGGCUGGACGUAUGGUACAGAGUCUUGUCAUGGGUGCGUAUACAUAUUCUUUGGAUCCUACAAAUGAGUAUCUCUUGACCACAGCACAAUGUGGUUGGGAAGCAUUGAAGAUCUUUUGGGAGACUAGUGAAUUACAGCUGCAGCAGAGAUGGGAUGAUAUAGUUGAUACUUACAAUUAG